CUUACCAAAUUCUGUAUUGCUUUUUAUGUUUUUUUUUGAAGAAAGACACAUCUACUUUUAAACAAUGGUGCUUCUAAACAGUUGAAACAGUUCUCAGAAGCAGAUACUCAGAAGCUCAUUUUAUACUGUGCUAUAUCAUGCAAGUCUUUUGGUGCGUGAAUUAAAUGAGCUGGAGAUGUAAAGUUUCUAUAAAUAGCUGUCUAUUUCUGGCUUGUUGUCACUGUCAUAACUCUACUGAGAAGGCUUGACUUAUUUCUUUUAUGCCCUCAUUGUACGGCCUAACAUUUUGUGCAAUAGCCUCUUGUGUUAUUUUUAUCUUUUGUUUCCAUAUUUUGUUGGAACAAAACUAUUGGGUCAGCUUUAGCUACCUUUUUUUUGUUUGUGGGGUAUUUGCUUGCUUGUUUCUUUCUUGUUGGUACUAAAUAAUCACAUCUAUCCAAAUUCAUUUUACUAGCCUUGAAAUUUCAUGCUGCCAGAACCUAAAGGCCAAGUUAUCCAAAAUGAGGAACAUUUUGAAAAUCUUGGCCAGACCUAUAGAACUAAAAUCAAAUAUGACUGGUAUGAAUGCAGAUCUCUCAACUUUUCUGCCUGCAGACGCUCAGAACUUUGUUUAAUGAGGAACAGGAGUCUUGUGCACGUGUGAUAAGGAAGAGUGAAGAUAGGACAAAUCUUUUGGCUCCGAGGUGUCAUCGCUGUGCUUUUCCCUCUCUGGAUUGCCUGUGUAAGGUGCAGCUUUUGUGCUGCAGUUUUAUGAGCUAGCAUAAGGUGAGAGUUAGGAAACUUGCAUGCCUCAAACAUGAGAUUUAACACACUUGUCCAUCCAGUCUCCUCACUCAGAGUGCAACCAGGAGUAACAUGCAAUGUUCAUUCGUGGAACAUGUACCUCAGGAGUCUUCAAGGGAGCAUCCGUCUGCCUGUUGCUUGCUGAGCCCCUGUGCCAGUACAGAGGGAUAAAGUACAGUGAGUUACUCAGACCAUAGUUCUAGUUAGGCUUUCUGCAGUGGAAGUGCCUGUUCAAGGCAUCCAAACAGUGCAUCACUGUUUGUGGGCACCAUAUUGUAAACCCACUCAGGGAACCCCUGGAAAUGCUUCUUUUUAGUAACCCAGAUCAGCUUGUUUUUACAGUGUGGGCUCACAUGUAACUGCUGGCACAGCAGCCGGUGGCGCGCUGCAGCGCAAGGGUGGGAACGAGCAUUGGAGCAAUUCCUUUGUAAGCUGCCCUUGUGGUCAUAGCCCCUGUGUAGUGAGGCUGCAGCCUACAGUGUUCACAGCUGCCUUUGGCUCUACAUUUAUUCUUACCAGGUCAUAGUUAAACUUACAAAAAUAUUUUCUUUUAGUUCAAAUUAGUAGGUAUUUUUUUUCCCUGUUUCUCUCAUGGCAAGCUGAAAAUCAUCCAACUCAACUCUCCUACCUCCUUUCCUGGAGCCACAGCUCAUGUUGAAAUGUAAACACUUUUUCUGUCAUUAACAGCAAUGACUAGGAGAUAGUACUGAGCAACAAGAUGAAUACCUACCCACCAGUUUUGUAAAUGGCCAAUACUCUGACCAACUCUGUGUUUACAGAUAUCUACAUUAUGUGCUUUUUUGUGGUUAUAACUUUAAAAUCUGAUGCAUGACAUGUAUAUGAAGUUGCAAUAGGUCACAAUGGAUUCUGUUGGAAUCAAAUUACUUUGCCGUUUAAUUAAAAUAUUCCUGGGUCAGAGUGGCUGUCAUCCUGCUUUGCAUUAAUAAGGGGCCAUCCUCGCAAACCAGGAUAACUGAAAUCUGCUGGCAUGUCUUGAAUUACAAUAAAUAUCAUGAGGGCAAGUGUACAUAAAAUGCUUCAAUUAAUAUUUUCUUCAAAUAAAACAAGGUUAUGUGGAGAUGAUCUCAGGGAAUAAGGGACAAAAAAAUACGUUUAUGAGACUGGGCUUGACAAUCUGAUAUUUCCCCAGGCACUGGGGAAUCAAUCUCAACUGUAGGAAAGAGAAUUAAAUAGUCACUGUGGGGUGUGUGGAUGACCAUUCAUUUCAGCUGCUGAAAAGCUUCCUGGGAGAGAGAGAUGGGGAAAAGGGAAUUCCUGCUGAGCACACCACCUACCUUGUUUCUUCAGAAAUCUGAGACUUGAAGUUGCAUAUGACAGGAUGAAUUAAUGAAAAUGGGGUUUUAUCAACUUACUCAGAAUUAGAAUGCCUAAUGAAACUGCUGAUACCAUCUCAGUUCCUCUGCAGGAAAGAUGUCACUUUGGAGGGUCUUCCUUCUUGAAUUUUCUCCGAUUUGGUUCAAGAACAAUAUCACAGGACUGUGGAAGACAGAUUUAUUGAAGUUGAUAAGAGCAACUAAUUUGAAACAAUGUUGAAUCAGUAACAACUAAAGAAUGAAGAAAGAGAGAUGAUGCAACCACCGCCAAAUGGCAAGGAAAUUUUACAUGGAAAGAAGGAUAAAUUCUCUUCUGUCACAAAUACAGCUUCUCAGCCCAAACCUGUGGUCCAGUCGCUUCCUUUUUUUCUGUGUGAACUGCACAAAGAAGCAGACUGAGUAUUUGUCUUUCUGGCAGGGAUAAGACUCUGGGAAGGGUGGAUGAUUUUUCUUCCCAUGGUGUAUUUCUCUCUGGUUCUUUGCCAGUAAAAAAUACUGUAUACACUCAAAGACAAGCUAAAAUAAGGUCAGACUCUAAAUGCAGAAUAGACCUUGCCUCUGUGCUCAGUUUUGCCAUAUAGCUCCUUUAAUGGGUGCAAUUACAGCUCCAAUGAUUUGGAUGUAUUAUUGCUCUCACAUUUAUCAUCUUUGUCAAACUCUGGGAUUCACCUUCACCCUACUGAUGCCCUGAAUAGAGAGUUCAGUUAUCAGUCUCAUUCAUCUGCAUUUUGAACCUCAUAGUAUAGAUUGAAAUGGCUUUUGAAUAACUUGUAAGGCCUGGAAAAGGGCUUUACUUGCUGCAUUACAACAGUUUUCAGCUCACAGCUAUUUUUGCUGAUGUUCCUGUUCUUUGAGCAGCAACAGCAAGGUAGUGGCUUUAGCUAAUGAAGUAAUACUGAAUUUUGAAUGCUGACUUUGUUUUUCUUGGAAUAGCAUGAAGAAAAUUCAGAGGUUCGGGUGUCAGGUGGAGAUUAGAGGAAGAAAAUGAAAUUCAAAACAGGAAGCAGAGACAGGCUCCAACUUACCUUCAUGACAUCUCCGUCUAAGUGGCCUUUUGUGAGAUGUUUACCUCUGCAGAGCAUGAAGUAUCGCCAGCCCACUGACACAGUCAGCAGGACACUGGUGGCUCUGAAUGCACUGUACUUUUGUCUGUCCCAAAGGGACCCAGCAAAGAGCAGCUCUCCUCGCACCUGGGUCGUUUGCAGCCCUCAAGACCAAAAUGAGCCUGGCAUUACGUACUGUGGGUCCAGAAACUCUUCGUUCUCAGAACCAGUCAGUUCUUGCAUCCAACAGAGGACACAUCUCAUCUUGAUUGAUCCAGUCUGCAUGUGGGUAGGCAAGAAAACCUGAAAUAAUAGCAUUUCCAAACCUCAUCACAGCAUCUUGCGGAGAGAAAUCAUUAUCUUCUAUUCAAGUUAAGCAAACAACAAAUAAAGUCGCAGCAGAUCUCCAGUUCAAAAAAGAAAGUGCAUUUGGUGUUCCUCUAGAAACUCUCAUACAGGAUGCGCCGCAAUGUGGAGUUCCCUUUCUUGUGACACAGAUGGUGGAAUACCUAGAAGUAUUUGGUCUGGAGCGUGUAGGUAUAUUUCGAAUCAAUGGCUCAGUGAAUAAAAUCAAGGAAUUGAAACAGAAAUACAAUCAAGGAGAAAAAGUAGACCUUAUUAAUGAUGGAGAUGUUGAUUCUGUUGCUAGUCUGCUGAAACUCUUUCUGAAGGAACUCCCAGUGGCUGUUUUUCCAGACCACUUAUGUGCUGUCUUUCUAAAAACUUUUCAAGAGCAUGAAAUCAACACAACAGAAUGCAUAAAGAAUCUGAGACAGUUACUCAGCAGCCUGCCCAAAGCCCAUCACAGCCUUCUUCAGUUCCUGGCUGUUUUCCUGUUAAAGGUGUCCACAUACAGUGCAGUGAAUUUCAUGACUCUGGAAAACCUAGCCAUUGUGUUUGGGCCUGCUUUUUUUAAGAUCCCUGUGAGUCCUUUGGCUUGUGAAGAACAAAGGCUUUACAAUGGCUUCCUGCUGUAUUUGCUUCAACACUAUGAGAUGCUUUUUGUUGACUUGAACCCUUGUUUCUCACUGAGACAAGCAGAUGACCCUAAGAAAGAUAACACAGAAGAUGAUGAAAGAAACAGACACAUGUUAUUAAGCAUUCAGGAUAAUUCCUUCAGCACCACAGCUUUAGCAGAAGAUGAUGAUAACAAAGAAAAUUAUCCAGACAGUGCUGCAGUUUUAGAAGAAAUACAGCUGCCUUUGCAAGACAUCCAGCAGCACAAGGAGCAGGCAGCAACUGACUGCACGCAAAAACCUGCAAUGGGCAACUUAAAGCUAAGAAAGCCUAAGCCCAUUGCAAAGCUAGAAAAUGGAAAAAGCCAUGAGGAAAGUCAGGACCUGGAGAACGUAUUGCCCGGCCUCUCUGCCUGGCAGGGGACGGCAGGAGCCUCCGCUGAUGCCUGUGCCCAGAACAUGCCUUUCAGAUGCCAGGAAACAGUUGGGAGAGUUCCGCCAAGAAUAGAUCAGAGCACAUGCAUUUCACCAAAAGAAGCAACUGAGCAAUUACACAACAAAAAUGAGAAUUCUUUGUUGAAGCUACAAGCCCUUGAAACCGAUCUGUGCUCUGCAUUUCUGACAACCCAGGAGGAAACUCCGCAGCUGCCGGCAUCCAAGGACCCAGCCCCUUCAUCAGUCCAGACCAGUGUGCAAGCUGAUGGGGCCAGUUGUGGAGAGCAAUAUCACUUCAUUUCUCCUAUUAUUGAUUUUAAUUUAAUGCAUCAGCAGAGAGAUAGUGAAGAGCCUGUACCAGCCCACAGAGACUGGCAGAAUGACAUGGACAACAGCCCACAAGAGCAUCACUCCAUAGGGACCAGUCGGCUACUAUAUCACAUUACUGAUGGAGACAAUCCCCUUUUGUCACCACGCUGCUCUAUUUUUAGCCAAAGUCAGAGAUUUAAUCUAGACACAGAGUCUGCCCCUUCUCCACCAAGUGCUCAGCCUUUCAUGAUGCCAAGAAGUUCUUCUAGAUGUAACUGUGAAGAGUGCAAAGAACCACAGACAGUAGCACAACUUACCAAGCAUCUUCAGAGUCUCAAGAGAAAAAUUAGGAAGUAUGAAGAAAAGUUUGAACAAGAAAGAAAAUAUCUGCCUUCACAUGGUGACAAGACUUCCAAUCCUGAGGUCCUGAAAUGGAUGAAUGAUUUGGCUAAAGGUCGUAAGCAGCUCAAAGAGCUGAAACUCAGAAUGUCAGAAGAGCAAAACUCCACCUCUAGAGCACCCCAAAGAAACGAUCGUUGUGAAAGCACUGGGAUCUCUAAAGAGACUGGGACGCAGGAGGCAGCAAGCGUGGAACCGGCUCCCUCAGUAGAAGAAACCAUGGACAGUGUGUUGAGACGAUUAAAGGAGAAAAGACAACACUUUAACCUUCCUGAGACUCUAAAGGAUAUGACAAAAAAGCAAAUGACUUUGGAAAAAAUCAGUCUUCAGAAAUGUCUACUAUAUUUUGAGAAUAUUCAUGGACGACCUGUAACUAAACAAGAAAAGAGUCUUAUGAAGCCUCUGUAUGACAGAUACAGAAUUAUCAAGAAACUUCUUGCAACGCCAUCUUUGAUCACAACAAUUGAGGAGGAAGACACAGAUGAGGACCAUUCUCAAAGCAGCCAUGAGUUAUCAUCCAGUCCAAUAUCUUGCCUUCCUGUCGAUGAGCACCUUUGUUACUCACAGGAGGAGAGUGAGCCUGCAUAUGUUUCACCUCUGGAUGAAAAGAAAGUUUUCAGACAAACAGCCUUGUCUAUGUCCAAUUUACAUGAGGCAACAAUGCCUGUUCUACUUGAACAUCUCAGAGAAACAAGAGCAGAUAAGAAAAGGCUUCGCAAAGCUCUGAGAGAGUUUGAGGAACAAUUCUAUAAACAGACGGGAAGGAGUCCACAAAAAGAAGAUCGGGUACCAAUGGCAGAGGAGUACUCUGAAUACAAGCACACAAAAGCCAAAAUCAGGCUCUUAGAGGUUCUCAUCAGUAAGCACGAUGUCUCCAAAACGAUUUGAAAUGAGUGCAAUGCAGUGGUAUUGUUCUCACUAGGGAAAAAGAAAAAAAAAGGAAGUAAUUUAACAGGUCUUGGUCUGCUGCACAAUUAUUUGACACACUGAGAUUCUGAUGCACUUUACCAAUUAUACUCGCUGGGAUGAGAGAGGACAGCAAUAUGCAAGAAUAUUAAGCACGGGUGAGUGGACUAUAAUCUAUUUUUUUUCCUUUUGAAAAAGCCUUGAAGUGCACUGUGAAAAUGUUAGAAAUUAAAAGGACACUGAAGUAUUGCAGACCCUCUGUCUGCCCUGCUUUUACUUUAAAAAAGUGUGAGGAAAUGCUCUCCUGGUUUUUACUAUAUCUUAGUAUACAGUAAUGUGCCACACAUUUCCUACAAGAAUUAAUUAACAUUAAAUUUACAACUAUUGUCAGUUCUCAGUGUGCUGAUUUACUAGUUUAAAAGCAACAUCAGCUUAAGCAAACAAACAGUCUGUCAAGAUAGAGUUGCCAUUCAAUUCCAAUAGCUUCAAAGGAAGGUGCAUACACAGAGCCAGUGCCAGAAUUUGGACUAAAAUUCUUGGAGCAGAGCAAAGUGAUGCUGCCUAUGCAAAAAAAAAAAAAAAAAAAGAA